CGAAAUAUUAAUCCACUAAAACUGUGUAAUGGCACCAGAUUGGCAGUGAAAAAUUUAUUGCCAAAUUUGAUUGAAGCUACGAUCUUAACUGGUAAAUCAAAAGGAGAAGUUUGUUUAAUACCGCGUAUCCCUAUGAUUCCAAACGAUUACAAUAUUCAAACGAUUACAAUAUCAUGUGCGUUUAUCAUUUGCGAUGUCCAUCAACAAAGCUCAAGGGCAAACAAUUAACGUUUGUGGUGUGAAUUUGGAGGAAUCAUGUUUUUCACAUGUCCAACUUUAUGUUGCCUGUUCCAGAGUCGGUACCCCCAGCCGUUUGUUUAUUCAUGCACAAAAUGGAAAAACAAAAAAUAUUGUUUAUCCAAAUGUUUUGGAUAGCUAGCAAAUAAUUAAAUAUAUAUUUUUUUUAUAAAUGAGUUUGAUUUAAUAUUUCACUUUAUACGUAGCGAAGCACGUACCGGGCCGCUAUAAAUAUUAUAUGUAUUCAUUGUAUUGCUUUCAAAAAAUCAUAAAGUUAAUCUGGCAACACGUCAAACUGUGAAGUUUAAUUUUUCCUCGGUUCUUGAAUUUGUGCUUAAAUUUAUUAAUAUAAUUGAAGAAAGUUUUACUUUUAAUAAGUGUAAUCUAAAGCUAAGUAUUUGUGCUAAUUUGCUUUUGUGUUAUAUUUAAAUUUUAAUUGUAUUUUAACUAUUUUCUUAAAUUCUGGUGCCGAGUCUUUUAAAUCAUUUGUUGUUGUUAUCAAUUAUCAAUUUUAUUUCCUACUUUGCAAUUGUUUGUGCGAUUGCAUAUUGUUUUUGUUUUAAUUUGCUCUUUCUCUUUUGAUUCGUCUUUUUUCUUUCACUUUUGCUCACAGCUGUUUGCGUGUUAUUUUUAAGUGGCUCAGUGCUUCUCAAACUGCUCACUAUUAUAUUGGUUGUGAUCUCGGCUAAUUCAGUAUAACUAUUAUUGUUUUUCUAUUUACUAUUAUAUUAUAUUUUAAUUUUAUUAUUAUUUACUAUUCUGUUUUUUCCUUCAAUUUAAAUUUUUUUUUUUUUUUUCAUAAUGACUUGCAAUUUUCCGAAUUGUACUAUUAAAGGCGAUUCUGAUUGUUUUGUUUCUUGUUGGCUUUGUGACGGGCUUGCCCAUCUUAAAUGUGCUGGAUUGACAGGUAGAAUCUUAGAUUCCAUUCUCGAUGGAAAGGGUCUGCGCUGGUCGUGCUUAAAGUGUAGACCGACAGAUAUUGAAUUAUUUAAAGUUUUUAAACAGGCGCGCAAUAAUUUUAAAGAAAUCGGUCGAGAACUUCAAAACCUUACAGAAAAAUUUAAGCAUUAUGAAGUGUUGUUUCAAUCAUUUAAAUGCCUAAAUGAUCAAGAUGAUAAUGCUAAGCCUUCAUCAAAACGUAAACGUCCGUCUAAUGAAGAACCUGCCACUUUGUCCGUAAAAAGUAUGUCACCGGUGAAAUUAGACCUUAUUAAUCUCUCAUCUCCAUGCCCUCAAGGAGAGAAGCCUUCCUCUUCAAAAGUGCUUAAUCCUCCGAAAACAAAUAACGAUAACCUUAAGCGGAAAACUAUUCAGGAUCCGCCUCCUAUUAACUCUGAGUUUGUGGCAAAAAAUUUGGUAGUAAUACCUCAACGAAAAUCAAUUUUCGUUUCGAGAUUCGCUUCGGAUACCACAAUCGAAGAUAUAAAGUUUUACAUCUCGUCGAAAUUAAAAAUUAACGAUAUUGAUAUUGAUGUCAGAAAAUUUAACUUUAAAUACGAAAGAAACAUAUCUUCUUUCAAGAUUGGCGUUUCAGCUGUUAAUUUUCAAUUGCUACUUGAUGAAUCAUUUUGGCCACCUGGUGCUUUCGUGCGCGAAUUCGAGCAAAAGCAACAAAAACAAACUGUAAUACUGUACUAUUUGCUGUGCAUUCUUCAAUUCCAUCUGAAGAAGUAGAAGUUCCUCAUGCGGACUUUAUUGAAUUUAAGUGCAUACGAAUUUGUAUUAAUAAAUGUUCUAUUUAUCUAACUUUAUCUUAUAUUCCGCCUCAAUCGGACUUAUCUGUAUAUAUGCAGCAUGCUUCUUUAAUAAAUAAUGUUUUUUCAAUUGCUAAGAAUACUGAUUACAUAAUUGUUCUAGGCGAUUUCAAUUUACCGUGUGUAUCUUGGAAAUCUGUUGACGAUUGCAUUACCCCUUUUUGCACUCGUUUAAGCUUUAAUGAGUUUUUGGAAGAAAUGUCUGGGAUGGGUCUUAACCAAAUUAACUUAAUUCCGAACAAGUUUGGUAAAUUCUUAGAUUUGGUCUAUGUUGAUAAUUCUUCAACAGUUUCUGUGGUCCGAUCUGAUCCUUUAGUUUUGCCAGAGGACUCUUAUCACCCUGCCUUGGAAAUUAAUAUCGAAAUCAUAGACGAAUUACUUGUAUGCAACAAACAGGACCUUUGUUCUCGGUUCAACUUUGCGAAAGCUAACUUCAAAAAGAUUAAUUGUGAACUUUCUAAAUUGACUUGGCCUGAUUAUAGUGGUAAUAUUGAAUUAAAUGUAUCACAUUUUAAUGAAACAAUUUAUAAUAUUUUUGAAAGAUUUGUUCCGAAAUGUUUUAUUAUCAAAAGAAAAAGUUCAAAUUUGUGGUAUUCGAAUGAGCUAUGUAAAUUAAAAAAUAAAAAAGCUCGUGCUUUUAAACUUUCUUGUUGACUAUUUAAAAUAUUCUAAAUUGCGUCGUCAGUUUGAGGAACUUAACAAAAAAAUGUUAUAAAAACUACAUAAUCAAAGUAAAAAAUAAUAUUAUUCGUGUUGACGCCGCCCCCGCCUAAUUUCACUGCCACGUCUGUGUCGGAAGAGCGAUCACUACUUCGAAGCUUUUUCGAAGUCUUAAUUCGAAUAUUUGAAGUUGCGCUCUUGCCUUUUUGCUUUUUCUUAACUGCUUCCUUUGCGACAUCUCAACCGAUCCAGACGUGGUAAGUGUAAUUCCAAUUAAUUUAAUAAAAUUAUAAUUAUUAUAAGAAUAUUUGAUCUUCUUUUUUUGGAUUACUUUGUGUGGAAUCAAUUGCGCCCUCUAUUUCCCCACGGCCAACCACAAAUACGAAACGAAGCACACCGUACUCCACCACCUGAGCUAACAUUGGUCCUUCGAGCCGGAUAACAGAAAUUAUCAAAAAUGACGACCAUCAAUUGCCCGUUAUGCAUAGAUAAUCAUCUUCUACGCUGGUGCCCAAAAUUUCGCCAGAUGUCCCCAGAAAAUAGGCUGAGGACAACCUUAAUACACCGCUAUUGCAGCAACUGCCUUGCCUCGAACCACUCAAAGGAUGAGUGCGACAGCGUAAUACGCUGUAAACGUUGCGGCAGCCCUCACCAUACAAUGCUCCAUGGCAUUAGUUCAGAUGUCGAAGAACUAGACGAGGAUGUCGUAGAGUUAACAUGGGCACAACAAGUCGAGGCAGCGGAAAUGGAAGAGGAAACCAUCGCUACGACGGAUUCGAUACCUAUUCAACCAUGUCAACCGACGGCAUCAGUCAUGCAACCAAGGGAAAGCUCUGACCAACGAUGCCUCUCCCGCAUACCACACGCCCAGGAUCGAGCCAGACUCGAUUCGUCUCGCCGACUUCGGCGUGCUGGUAACUUCUAUUCGGAUUGGCGGCAUGGUAACGAUCGACUGAGACUCGAUUCGUCUCAGCGACAUUACCCGGACCCAGCGGAACGCAAUGCGUCCCGCCGGCCACCCCGUCCGAAGAGAAGGCGAGGACAAGGUGCUCGACGUCAAGCAGACGCACGCCGUAUCAUCAAGGAUAGGCACGCGACACUACCUUGGCAGCAAAAAAUAGCGCUUUCACCGACCGCCUUAAUCAAGAUACGCCCGGCAACCAGGUUUAUCACUGUGCGAGCCAUGAUUAACCCGGUCAGUCCAUCCACUGUCAUUCUCGCCUCCACUAUUACACGACUGCGACUCCGCACACAAGCCCGUGGAGACAGCCGAGUGUGCGAUUUCAUGUUUCGAGACAACCAUGGUGGACAGUCAGAAAUCUCCGUAACAGCAAAAAUACAACGUCAUCAACUACCACCGACGCCAGUAAGGUCUCUGGAAGACCACACUCUUCAACACUUCCAGAACCUAAGACUCGCAGACAACGACUUCUACAAGUCAGCGCCAGUCGAGGUAAUUUUGGGAGCGGACAUCUACUCCCGGCUCAUACUACCAGGGUUACAACCAGCGACAGUGGGACAACUCGUCGCCCAAAAUACGACGCUGGGAUAUGUAAUAUCCGGCGUCGUAUAAUACGGCCCAAUAAAAUGCACUGGCUGCCUACGCCUCUGACAUUUACCAUUUACCCAGGAUCGAGUCAGACUCGAGUCGUCUCACCGACCUUGGAAUGUGGUAAUUUCUACGCAGUUUGGUGGCAUGGUAAUGACCGUCUAAGGCUCCAUUUGUCUCAGCGGCAUUUCCCGGACCGAACCAGACUCGAUUCGUCUUGUCGGCCACCCCAUCUGCAAGAAAUGCAUCGCUUGCCAGAGGAAGUAUAGGAGCCAGUCGCAUGUUAGUUUUAAGUAAUAAUUAAUUAAUUGUAAACUACAUUUAAUAAUUAAUUGUAAACUGCAUUUGCAGUAAUACUGCAAGGCGGGCGGAAUGUUGACGCCGCCCCCGCCUAAUUUCACUGCCACGUCUGUGUCGGAAGAGCGAUCACUACUUCGAAGCUUUUUCGAAGUCUUAAUUCGAAUAUUUGAAGUUGCGCUCUUGCCUUUUUGCUUUUUCUUAACUGCUUCCUUUGCGACAUCUCAACCGAUCCAGACGUGGUAAGUGUAAUUCCAAUUAAUUUAAUAAAAUUAUAAUUAUUAUAAGAAUA